UACAGAAUUAAUUAAGAUUAGGAGACUCACCAUGGAGCCAAGGGCCCACUCAAUAUACUGAAUAUCAUCAAUUGCUCUGAACAAAUAAAUGUCCAUCUUGUAAAACAUGCCCACUCCAAGGACCGGCUAAGAGUCCUUUCAUGUUGAUCACAAAACAGGCAUCACUCACUCUCAUUUUGUUAUGCAGGUAUAUUAUUAUUAGAUUAAGAUUUAUGGUAUUUUUUCCUCUGUUAUUUCUUUUUAGGUAAAAAAAAUAGAGAGUUCAUGAUGGGCUGUCUGAAUCACACUUUCAGCAGCGAUUUCACACUUUUGGGACUGUUCUCUUCUUCCCCAACAAGUCUGGUCUUCUACUCACUUAUAUUUGUCAUUUUCAUUAUGAGUGUAACAGAAAAUGCCCUAAUGAUUCUCCUUAUUCACAGUGACUCACGACUCCAUACGCCAAUGUAUUUUCUGCUUCACCAUCUCUCCGUUAUGGAUAUCUUGCAUGUUUCCAACAUCGUUCCCAAAAUGGUCACUGACUUUCUGUCAGGCAGCAGAACGAUUUCACUUGCAGGUUGUGGGUUCCAGGUGUUUCUGUCCCUCACCCUCCUGGGUGGUGAGUGCCUUCUCCUGGCUGCAAUGUCCUAUGAUCGCUAUGUGGUCAUCUGUCACCCGCUGCGCUAUCCGAUUCUUAUGAAGGAGUGUGCCAGUGCUCUCAUGGGGAGCUCCUGGCUUCUUGGGGCUUUGAACUCCACAGUCCACACAGCUUACACACUGCAGUUUCCCUUCUGUGGCUCUCGGGCAAUCGAUCACUUUUUCUGUGAAGUCCCUGCCAUGUUGAAGUUGUCUUGCGUAGAUACAACACUCUAUGAACGAGGGGUUUACGUAAGCGGUGUGAUCUUCCUGCUGAUCCCUUUCUCCUUGAUCUCUGCUUCUUAUGGCCAAAUUCUUCUUACUGUCCUCCAGAUGAAAUCCUCAGAGGCAAGGAAAAGGUCAUUUUCCACUUGUUCUUUACACAUGAUUGUGGUCAUGAUGUACUAUGGGCCAUUUAUUUUUACGUAUAUGAGACCUAAAUCAUACCACACUCCAGGCCAGGAUAAGUUCCUGGCAAUAUUCUAUAUGAUCCUCACGCCCUCACUCAAUCCUAUCAUCUACAGCUUUAGGAAUAAAGAUGUUCUGGCUGCAAUGAAAAAUAUGCUCAAAAGUAAGUUUCUGCAUGAAAAAUAAAUAGGAAAAUUCCUGAAUGUGUUCUAUUUCUACAUUAAAUACCUGAAGGAUACUCGUGAUA